CCGCCAUUAUCAGUUUGCCGCCAAACGGUUGACAAGUGACAGCUCUUGAGUUUUUUCUUUUUCAAUUUUUUCCUUAUUUUCGGCCAGAUCAGCGCGUCUGAUCGGGACCCUCGUUGACGUUCGCAAGAAGGUCGAAUAUUAGCAACAACCGAUCGGUUGUUGCUUAGAAGUUUAUAAAAGCUUUGAGAAUUACGCAAUUAAGGGGUGUACCGGGUGAGGCCGGCGCGUGUGCGAGUGCCGGGCGAGGAGUUCCUCCACGUUCGCGCUGUUGGCGCCGCGCUCUCAACGUCGAUCCGCCCUGGCUGCGGCACGCGCCCGCCCGCUGACACACCACGCCCGCCAUCUGACACUUGUGGACUAGCGCUAGUGGACCCCCACCACCGGGCCCCGCCACUUGACACCGCCCCCCAUUCUCCGAACAGCUGACCGCCUGCGUCUUCGCAGCAUAGCCGACAGCCGCAGCUCCGGCGCCGCCGGGGCUGACCCGUCGGGAGUCUAAGGGGCAUUGCUACUGACCCAUCUAGUGACACAGUCCAGAAUGAUCGUGGAGGAGGAACGCAUCAGGGUGUUGGAAGGGGAUUGGACCCCGCUGAGUGUGGCGCGAGAGAUCGCGGCGGACGGGGUGCAGGAAGACCCCUUCUAUGUUAUGGAUGUGGGCGAAGUGGUCGCGCGGUACCACCAGUGGCGCGAGCUGAUGCCGCGCGUCGAGCCGUUCUACGCGGUGAAGUGCAACGACGACAAGUUGCUGGUGACAACCCUGGCAGCGCUGGGCACCGGCUUCGACUGCGCUUCCAAGGCUGAGAUCGAGCUCGUUACCUCCAUCGGUGUGCGUCCCGAGCGCAUAAUCUUCGCGAACCCAGCCAAGAUGGCGUCGCACAUCAAGUACGCGGCUCGCAUGGGCGUCGACGUCAUGACCUUCGACUCGGAGACCGAGCUUAUGAAGAUCAAGCAGCUCAUGCCGCACGCGCAGCUGGUGAUCCGCAUCCGUUGCGACGCGGCGUCGGCGCAGUGCCCGCUCGGCAUCAAGUUCGGCUGCGACCCCGUCACCGAGGCGCCGCGUCUGCUUAAAGUCGCUGCCGUGCUUGGCUUGGAGGUGAUCGGCGUGUCGUUCCACGUCGGUUCCGGCGCUUCGGAGACAGCUGUGUACUUGCGCGCCAUCCAGUACAGUCGCGCGCUGUUCACGCUGGCCGCUAGCGUGGGCCACUCGCGCAUGUCGCUGUUGGACAUCGGUGGAGGUUUCCCUGGCGGCCUGCACACUUCCAUCCAGGAGGUGGCGGUGGUGAUCAACUCUGCUCUGGAGACGUAUUUCGGCGGCUCCAACGUGCGCGUGAUCGCGGAGCCGGGCCGCUACUUCGCCGCCGCCGCCUACACGCUCGCCGCGCUCGUGCACGCCAAGAGAGAGCUGCCAGCGAAGGAGGAGUCGGAGCCGCAUACGAUGUACUUCAUCAACGACGGCGUGUACGGCUCCUUCAACUGCGUGCUCUACGACCACCAGCAGGUCGUCGCGCAGCCGCUCAUGCCGACGUCUGAGAAGCCUCAGCCGUGCUCAGUGUGGGGUCCCACAUGCGACGGGCUAGACUGCGUGCUGCCGACCGCGUCGCUGCCACCGCUGCGUGCCGGCAACUGGCUGGCCUUCCGAGACAUGGGCGCCUACACCCUGCCCGUGGCCUCGCCCUUCAACGGCUUCCCGCUGCCGAGGGUGAGGGCCGUCAUCGACCGCCAGCUGUGGCUAAGCCUCAAGAACAUGUGGCCUCUAACCGAGUCUCACUUCGUAGUCGGCUCCCGCAUGACAGGCCCGCAGUCGCCGCCGGCGUCGCCGCCGCUCACGCCGCCGCCGCAGACCGAACACGCCGGAGUUUUCGUUGAGUGCGCGCUCAAGUGACCCGCCCGCCGGAAUUACAACGACGCGGUUUUUAUUGCCAGGCUGACGGCGCGCGGUUGAAAUUGGAGACUGUUUUGUUUAUUGUAUGAAAUGUUAUUAUUGUGAAAUUCGUUUAGGCAAUGCAAGACCAAAAUCUUAUUACAUAUUUUAACCGUUGGACUCUUAACACCACACUGAGGAAUGACCAUCUUCUCGGAAAACCUCUAACUCUAACGCAACGACUGAGGAUUGAAAAUCUGUCACGGUAAAAUAAGAUCCUUAAUUCAGAACGACACACUCAAAAUUAUAUUCAAUCGCAAGUGUAGGUGGAGGCUUCUGAUUGGUUGAAUUUUAGUAUACCAAUCACAUGACAGAAUCUAUAACUGAGGUUGAGUUGAGUUUUAAGUGUUGUUUGUAUUAUGGAUCUUUAUAUGUUGCCAGUCGUAAUUAAUACCGAUUUUGUCAAAAUGAUAUUAUAUUACGAUCUUUGAUUGUAUUCUAUAAGAUUUUGGUCUCAACAUGUCACCAGUUUCAACCGAAUUAGUCGAAUUUGUUUCAAAAUUAUUAAAUUCUGAUAGCAGACAACAGAUUUUACUUUCGAUGAUAAAAAUUAAUAGAUUUGACCCACCAUUUAGACUUGGUUCCAGGUCGAUGUCGGGUGUCGGGUCUCAAUUCUAGAGCAGGGUAAAUAUCAGCAAUGUGACAAUCUUGCGUGUUGAUAGUAUUUUUUCUAAAAAUAUUGUUUUUAUACAAAUUAAUGUUUUCAAUGUUGUGAUAAUGUUAUGCAUAUCUCUCAUAAGUGUCACACAAAUGCAGUGAUGUUGACGAAUGUGUUUUCAGAAUUUGAAUAAAAACCGCGAAGUUUGUAACCGUAUAUGGAACACGGUCUCGUGGGAACUUUACAAAAAUGAAUAUUUUUCAAAUAUUUGUUAUUUUAAAUUUAUUUUUUGGCAUUUAUAUUGUUCGGUUUAUUUUGAAGUUACACGAGAACGUGUUUGCUGUGAUUUUAAAGGACAUCUCAAUGCAAUAGAAAUCAAGUUUGAAAUUGUGUCAGUUUGAAAGAAAAUGUUUGAUCGACAUGAGAUGUCCUUUAGAAUAUUUUCCUUUGAUUUCACUCUGAUUGCGUUCCUCAUUUUUUUAAUAUUGUGUAAACGUUUGAAAUUGUUUUAAUAAAAUUAAUUAUUUUUACACUAUCCACUUGACGUUAGUUAUAUUGUUAUUUGACUUUCAAUCUUAAAAUCUUGAUGUAAUUGUUGAACUUUGCAUUACACUUUUAUAUGUGGUGGUAGAUUAUGGGUAGAUCAAUUUCUUUUUUCAAUUUGCCUUUUGCAUUAUUGUGAAUUUAGAUGUAAUCGUGAAACUUUUAUUUUCUUUGUUGCGUAUUAACAUUUUGUAACAUUUAUAUGAUAGCUUAAAACUGCCUAAAAUGUAUUUAAACGGUUUUGUUUUUGCAUCGUUACUGUUCUCGCACUCAUCAUCACAGUCGUAGGCGCAUUCCUUCACUACGCAUAAAUGUAACGUGUUUCAAUAUGUAACGGUUUUUAAUUUUGCCAUUAUAAUGUUUCCGCAUUAGAUGGGUUUCGCAAAAUGUUUGUAGCAAAUCGCUUUUUCGAAUAUACAUUUCUGAAUGUA